CGCGGCGCCCCGCGCAUGCGCUGUGCCUGCGGUGACCGAGCGGGGCGGGGCCGGGCGCGCCCCGGCGGCGCCAGAGGAGGGAGCCGGGUCUGUGCGCAUGCGCUAUGGGGCGGCCGUAGGCGCUACGCCUGCGCACUGGGGUCGGCGGCGAAAGUGCGGAGGUGCGGGUUGGGGGCGCUCCGGGAAGGCCGUCCGUCCGUCCAUCCAUCCGUCCAUCCAUCCAUCCAUCCAUCCGUCCGUCCGUCCGUCCGUCCGUCCGUCCGGGGGUGUGCGGUCCCGUCGGCUCCCGGAGCACGCCUGCUGCCGUCGCGGCACAGGGGAAGCCGGGGAGCGACGCGAGCAACCGCCAGGAUGAAGCUUGUGAGGAAGGACCUGGAGAAGGAUAAUGCAGGGCAGGUGACGCUGAUCCCCGAGGAGCCUGAGGACAUGUGGCACACCUACAACCUGUUGCAGGUGGGUGACAGCCUGCGCGCUUCCACCAUCCGCAAGGUUCAGACCGAGUCGUCCACGGGCAGCGUGGGCAGCAACCGCAUCCGCACCACCCUCACCCUGUGCGUGGAGACCAUCGACUUCGACUCGCAGGCCUGCCAACUGCGGGUCAAGGGCACGAACAUCCAAGAGAACGAGUAUGUGAAGAUGGGCGCCUACCACACCAUCGAGCUGGAGCCCAACCGGCAGUUCACCCUGGCGAAGAAGCAGUGGGACAGCGUGGUGCUGGAGCGCAUCGAGCAGGCCUGCGACCCGGCCUGGAGCGCCGAUGUGGCGGCAGUGGUCAUGCAGGAGGGGUUGGCUCACGUCUGCCUGGUCACCCCGAGCAUGACGCUUACUCGUGCCAAGGUGGAGGUGAACAUCCCCCGCAAGCGGAAAGGGAACUGCAGUCAGCACGACCGGGCGCUGGAGAGGUUUUACGAGCAGGUGGUGCAAGCCAUCCAGAGGCAUAUCAACUUUGAGGUGGUGAAGUGUGUACUGGUGGCUAGCCCAGGCUUCGUGCGGGAGCAGUUUUGUGACUACAUGUUCCAGCAGGCAGUCAAGACUGACAACAAACUUCUGCUGGAGAACAGGUCCAAAUUCCUACAGGUCCACUCUUCCUCAGGACAUAAAUACGCACUGAAGGAAGCACUCUGCGACCCAGCUGUAACUAGCCGUCUUUCUGAUACUAAGGCAGCUGGUGAGGUCAAAGCCUUAGAUGACUUCUAUAAAAUGCUGCAGCACGAGCCUGACCGGGCUUUUUAUGGCCUGAAACAUGUGGAGAAGGCCAACGAAGCCAUGGCCAUUGAUACCCUACUGAUCAGUGAUGAGCUUUUUCGGCACCAGGACGUGGCUACACGUGCCCGAUAUGUGAAGUUGGUAGAUAGCGUACGGGAGAACAUGGGCACAGUACGCAUUUUCUCCAGCCUCCAUGUGUCUGGAGAGCAGUUGGGCCAGCUGACAGGGGUGGCAGCUAUCCUACGCUUUCCUGUUGCUGAGCUCUCUGACCAGGAAGAUGAAUCUAGCUCUGAAGAGGACUAAUAACAGUGACUUCAUUGCACAGUUUCUUUUCUAUGUCAUGUUGAAAUUGUUUUAAAGGUCCUUCCAAUCUGAAUACUUGUGUGCAGAUGUCCCAUGACAUGUAAUCAAAAAGUUACACAUACAUAUAUAUAGUUUUUACUUGGCACACUACUUGUUAUCUGAUCUAUGGUAAUAAUUAUUGGUAGCUGUGUUGAGCUGACUGUUUUUGCAGUUCUGGACCACCAACAGUACAAGAAAAUAAUUUGGCUCCCCAGUGCUGCUUAGUCUGCAUGUUAAGGCAGACUGAUAACUUAGUGAAAUGUGUAGGAAAAAAUAAUUUCAGGGAAAAAAUCACAUUAGACUAUUUCUGGUCAAAUGCUUGAAAAGAGUAUUACAAAACAAAUAUAAACUUCUUGGAAGACCCGUCAAAACUGUGCUUGAUAUUCAUAGGAACUCCCUGGGUUUUGUAAGGUUUGUCAAAGGAAUGGGGUCAAUACCUUCCCUUAAGGGCUUUGUCUGGUAGUGUAAGUCUAACCACUUAAAUAUUUCUAUGAAACAUUUGAAGCAAUCUUUCAGCAACCAGACUCUUUAAGUUAACCAUUUCUUUGCUAACACAAUAGUAGAUGCAGGAGAAAUGCUGAAUCUCAGUGCACCCAUUUAGUUAUCUAUCUUUUUAAAUGGUGUUACAGCUUGGGAGAUUGUCCUGAGGACUAACAAGGUUUCAUUGACUGUAUUCUGCUAAAUUGGCAUUAUUUAGCACCCAGUUCUGAGAAGGCAUAGGAGAAAACUUAGAAAAUCAGGACUCUAGUGUCCACAAGGAAUCUUUCGAUAGCAAAUAGUUUACAUAACUUCAUAAUCUGGUAUUCUAUUCGCAUAUCUUUUUAAAAACAUACAUAAACUGUAAUACAGAAGUAAUGAUAAAAUUAUGAAUCAAACUUCAGUCUAAGAUAGUGGGGACUGCAAAAGUGAAAAUCACCUUUUCAAUUAUUUGAUCAGCUCGAAGUACUGAGAGACAGGUGUUUUGUUUCUUUAUUGGGCAGUAAAUCAUAUGUUGAAGAAGCAAAAGUUGCUUUCAGAUUCAGACAUAACCCAUGGUUGUAGUGUUUCAAACCAAGGUUUGAUGGUGUGGCUUGUGUGUGUAAGUAGGCAUUCCUUUUUUAAAUGUGAUUAGAGGCAAGAACAGGAACCACAGAACUGUAAUACGGAAAGCGUCGUAAGAGAGGAGCAUUAAAAAAUAAAAUCACCAAAACUCCUAGUCUGGGUAGAAUACUUUUAGGAAAAUAAUUUUUCAGGGUAGUCACCUGUGUUAAUGGGUGCCAAUCCUCUGAAUUUAAUACUGUUUAUUGGUAGCUGGAACAUCAGUCUAAACUUAUUGAUAGAGAAGUACUUUUGACUUUAAGCCAUCUCCCCUUUUCUACAUCAUCCACACAGUCUAAGAAAUUCUUGAACAGAACUUACAUUAGCGCUGUAAUACUUCAAUUCUUCUUUUGUUGAAGACAGGCAACUUGUGUACAGUCAGCUUGGACACAAAUUAUUUGCGCUUUACAUUUUUGUCUUGAAUGGUGUUGGGUGCUGCUAGACUGCUCUAGGCUUUCUUCAGCAGUUAAGACUGCUUAAAUUAAUUUAUUAUUUUUUAAUUUGCAUUAUUUUAUUUUACACUUUUUUAGCUAGAAAGCACCUUGAUUCCUGUUAUAUCUAGUUUAAUGUAAAAAAUGUAGGAAGCAGAAGAAAUUGACCAGUAAAUAUUAAUUAUAUGCAGCAAAUUAGGGCCUUAAACUCAUAAUCUAAAGUCAUUAAUUUCUCCAAGCUUUUAUAACAUAAGAUGGUAUAGUAAUAUAUUCCCUUUCUCUGAGUAAUGCCAAUUUGUUGCAGCUGUACACAAAGGACAUAUUCUAAUUUGUAGUGCACCAGAUAUUCUUAGUUUAUUUCUCAGCAAACUCUUUGAGAGACAAAUCGAACUGUUUUUUGGUUGUGGUAUGGAUUGCUAUUUUAUCAGACCAGAUGGUUCCAAUUAUUCUAUUGUAAACCAGAAGUUAGACAGAGUUUUUGCUGUAUCCUACAUGAUAACAAUGAUUACAAUGACGAGUUUGUAUUUUGUGCCUGUAGGUACCAUCAAGGAAAAAAACUGCGCAUUUUGUUGCAUUUUUGCUUUUUGUUCCAUCUGCUAAGAAAAUGUGACAAUAGUGAUUCUUUCAAUUAUUUACACUUAGAAUUAAAAUUCUGCCUUGACUUUAUA